AUGAGGUUGAAAAUACGGAGGAGUGUAUGGGUGGAUCAAAAGUUUAAUCCAAGGAUUUUAUAAUAAGUUCAUUUUCUGAAAACUUUGUUUAAUGUUAGAGAUUCCAUCACUCUCAACUUCUCAAAUCUCAUGUCUUAAUAAGAUAAUUACCAAAUUUCUCAACAGCGAAAUUACCAAAUUAUUUAUCCUUCCAAUACAAAUAUAUAAAUUUAUUUCCUAAUUAAAGUGUUAAGAUAUUGUUUCCAAAAAAAAAAAAAAAAAAAAAAAAAAGUGUUAAAAGAUAUAGGAUAAACUUUGACGGCCAAUUAAAAUUCGAGAUAAUAUAGGAUUGAGGACUGUAUAUAUUAAUAAGUCUUUGUUAAAAUUCCUGUUUUAUUCUUAUUAGCAAUUGCCCUAAAAAUCACCCGUUAUAUCGAAAAACUUCUCCACUCUAAACUUUGACCCCCCCCCCCCCCCAAAAAAAAAAAAAAAAAGAAGAUGAGAAUCUUUGCGAUUGUUUUGGUUCUUCUUUUGCAGUUAUUGCUUCUCGUAAUUACUACCAACUGCUCCAAUUUAGGAAUGCAGGAAGAACAUAACAACAUGAAGGUUGUGGAAAAUAAGCAGGUGUAUAUUGCAGCACUCCGUGAGAUUGGAGGUAGGGGAUUAAUAGGUACUCACGCCAGUAGAGGUGGUCACGGUCUUGGCGAAGGAGCCCCAACACCUAAGGAUGAAGUUGCAACUGUAGGUGGAUUCCGAAACAGUAAAUUUGCUGAAGUAGAUGUUGUGGCAGCAGGAGCUGAAAGCGCAGCUGCAGAUGAAGCUGAAAUCGCGGCUGAAGAAGGAGCUGAAAGCGCAGCUGCAGGAGAAGCUGAAGAAGGGGCUGAUACUGCAGCUGGCAUUGCAGCUGCUGCUGCCACUGCGGCUGCUGCUACAGCUUCUAUGGCCAGUGAAGCAAGAUCAAUUAGUCCAAAUGCACCCUUGGGGCUCUCUCUUUGUCUAAUUUUAGCAUCCUGUGGAUUUUUAUUGCUUAAUGACUUUUAGAUUUAAGCCUAGAUACUACUAUAC